AUGGAAGACACCUUUGAGCUGCUCAUGAUCACCUGGGUGGGGAUGUCUCUGUCGCUGGUGUGCCUCCUGACCUGCAUCCUUACCUUCGCCUGCUGCCGCUCCAUCCAGAACACCCGCAACACCAUCCACCUGCACCUCAGCCUCAGCCUCUUCAUCGCCAGCAUCAUCUUCCUGGCCGGCAUCUCCCGCACCGAAUACCAGGUGAUGGCUUUCAAUGACUGCUCCACCUCUCCCCUGGACAUGGUCCCCUCUCAGGACUGCAGUAUUUCCCCGUCAGUGAUCCAUAAUCACUCUCUGAACACAACCCCCUCUUCAGCGUACACCCCACCAGCCUACGGCAUGUCCUGUCUCAGCAUGAGCCUCGGCGUAAUCUCCAACCUCACUGGCCUGGCUGUCCUGGCGAGGUCAUAUACCCGCUUCUGCGGUCGCGCCAAAGCCCCCUUCGUGCUGUUGGCCGGCGCACUGCUCCUGACCGACCUGGCAGGGCAGGUGACCCUGGGCGCUUUCUCCCUCUACCUGCACCUGGAGCAAAGACGCGGGCAGCGAGCCCUGGUGCAGUAUUUCAAGCCGGCGCGGGCCUUCUGCAAACUGUUCGGGGCCUGCAUGGUGUUUUUCGGCCUGUGCCCGCUGCUGCUUGGAAGCGCCAUGGCCGUCGAGCGCUGCAUGGGCAUCACACAACCGUUCCUGCACGCCACGGUUGCCACUGUGGGACACGUGCGCCUCUCGGUGCUUCUUCUCGUCUCCCUGGCAGUCUCCCUGGCGACGUUGCCCUUGCUGACGGUCGGUGGUUACGUGCCGCAGUACCCCGGCACCUGGUGCUUCCUGCCAGUGCACGGGCAGCUCUCCCUGGCACACGCGGGCUUGGUGUUGAGCUUUUCUGGCUUUGAACUCGCCGCUCUCUUUCUGUCGGUGCUCUGUAACACCGUGAGUGGAGGGGUGCUUCUACAGGCCAGGUGGACCUCGUGGAGAGCCAGGCAUGGCACCGGCAAGCACCGGGGCCCUGUCAGCGCAUCACCAGCCAUACACUCACUGGACGUGGAGAUGAUGACACAGCUGGCGAUGAUUAACGUGGUAUCAUGUCUUUGCUGGUGUCCUUUUCUGAUUUGUGUGUCUUCGUCGGUUGGGAAGUUUCUCGCCGGUUCCCCUCCAUCAUAUCCGAUCCGAAAGCACGAGCAAGAGCUUCUGCUGAGUCUCCGCCUGGCGUCCUGGAACCAGAUCCUGGACCCGUGGGUCUACAUCCUACUGAGACGGGCCGUGUUGCGCCGGAUCUGCUGUCGAUUGCAGCCCGACAAGCUCACACUCACACAGAACAGCUCCAACACUGGAUCCCACAGAAAAUAAAUAUUUUGUCUGAAAUAGUUGAUAGAGAUAUGCCCACCAAUAUGUUGUAGUGGUGCAGAUCAGUUGGAAACAAUUCCUGUGCUAAACCACACAGCCCCAGGAAUGCUGUUCACAUCAUCAUUCACAUCAGCAAAACACAUAUACAUUUACACACAAAGAAAAGGAGAAACGUAAGGCAGGUCUUACUUUACAAUGACAAAGACAUAGACGUGACGCUAGACUAAAACAAUAAACUAAUACAGCGGAACACAAGCCGUAGUUCAAGG